AUGGUGGAAAACGAAAUCUUGGAGUUGAAGAACUACCUUCCUGAGUGGACUUCAGCAAAAAGGAAUGAGAAGCCGGCAGUUUUCACUGCCAUAGCUAGGGCUGCCAGGUUAUUUGCUCCCAAGGUCAACCAAGCACAAUGGAAGAAGAGGAAGCAGGAAAGGAAGGACAUGAUAAAGUAUCGGAGGUGGGAAGAGGUGCUAAAGAGGAUUGAGGACAAGUCUGGGGCAAAGCCAGGAGGUCCCGGGAGAGGUGCUGUUGUGAUGUUGGCUUGGAAGAAUGAAAUGAACAGGGAGAGGUGCUGUUCAGGAUGCACAAUGACAAUGAGGAUUUAG